GUCGAUGUGCCUUUUGAAAGCAAGUUCUUUAGUUAUUACUAUUGUGCGACGCCAUGUUUUUUUACUUUUACAAGGGUCUUAUUUUGAAAGUGGUGACCGGAAAUGUGGACUUCCGGACAACUCGUUCCCUCUCGUGCCGGUCUGUAGCCGUGAUGUCGGUGCCGCUGUGUCUCGCAGCGUGCGCGCUUUUCCUCUACGUGCUCGUGUACUACGGCGUGUUCAGAGGAGCGCGAUGCUCUCGCUCGGUGACGCUGGAGGGGAAGACGGUCAUCGUGACAGGGGGCAACACUGGCAUCGGCAAGACCACGGCUCUGGAGCUGGCAAAGAGAGGAGCCAGGGUGAUUCUGGCCUGCCGCAACCAGGAGAAAGCCGAGGCUGCUGCCUUCGACAUCCGCAGGGAGAGCGGGAACAAUCAGGUGGUGUUCAUGCAGUUAGAUCUGGCGAGUCUACAGUCUGUGCGCAGUUUUGCUAAAACCUUCCUGAAGACUGAACCCAGACUGGACAUUCUUAUCAACAACGCAGGUGUGAUGGGUCAAGGACGCACAGAGGAUGGCUUCGGCCUCGCGUUUGGGGUGAACCACCUUGGUCACUUCCUGCUCACCAACCUCCUCCUAGAGCGACUGCAGCAAUGUGGACCCAGCCGCGUAGUCACCGUGGCUGCGCUCCUGCACCGCUUCGGAAACAUUGACUUCCCUCUGCUGGCUUCCCAGAAAGAUUUGGUGUUGGGUCAAUCCACCUGGUACAACGUUCAGGCCUACUGCAGCAGCAAGCUGUGUAAUGUGCUCUUCACCAGAGAGCUGGCCAAUAGGCUGGAGGGCACUCGUGUCACCUGCUACACCCUGCACCCAGGAGUCAUCUACACAGAAAUAUUACGCAGUAUGAGCCUGUGGCAGCAGCUCCUCAUCAUGCCCUUUGCCAAGCUUUUCUUCAUGGACCCGGAGGGGGGGUCCCAGACCACCCUGCACUGUGCCCUGCAAGAGGGCAUCGAGCCUCUCAGUGGGCGCUACUUCUCUAACUGCGCACUUCAGCGAGUGGGCGCCAAGGGACGAGACGAUGCCCUGGGAAAGAAGCUGUGGGAGUUGAGUGAGAGGUUAACUGGUUUAUGACAUUUGACCGAAACCUAAUCCAGAUGCUCCGAAGACUGUAUGGACAGUCAGUGCUUUACAGACCUCAACAUGCCUUAUUGUUGGUCUAUGUUCUUUUCUUUUAAGGGCUGGUUUCUAAUGAGGUGGAUCUUUUUUCCGUUAUAUUUAUGUUAUACAUGUAUUGUAACACUUGUGCCUCCUGUCUGGGCUAUGACAGUUUUCCACAGAGAUGUCUAAAUUGCCCUUUUCACUCUAUCUGGCAACAAAUUGAUUGCUGUGUUACCACCAGUCCCAAUUUGGCAUUAUUCAGACCUAUUUAAAAAUGAACAAACAUGUGGUGUGUGUAAUAAUAUGCAUUCUAAUCUGCAGCAGGUGAGGAAAAAGCAUGUCUGCUGAGUCAUUGUAGAGCUCUAUGACUCUAUGCCCCCUGCUUGCUUUGAUUCAGAGAUAGCUGAUGGAGGGUUAGCUUUAGCCUGGAGACCUCCUCGCUUCCCUCGCCUUUGCUUACUUAGCUCUUCUAACCCCAACCUUCUGUCUGCUGCUGUCUGGACUAUAUUGUUGCAUGUUUAAUUUAAGAGUUUACUCUGUAUUUGUGUCUCAGAACUGUCUGUAUCUGGGGCUUAAAGGUUCAACACUGCUGAGUGAGCUACAAUUUUCCAAAACACAUAUUUUCUUCACCUUCAUAUAAAAGUAAUGAUUGUAACAGCCUUAUUCUGGAGUUUUAUAAUUUAGUUACAUUCAUAAAUUUCUGGCUGGGCUGGACAUCAGCUUCGUUGUCGGUUCACAUUUGAAUGUGGGCUACUUUAGUUUCUGAGAGUCUGGGUCUCUAAUCACUUACAUGUAUAUCUUCAUUAACCAGAUUUGUUGAGCUCACCUGAACAUGAAAUCUGUGUAAGUUACUAAUUAAACACGUUUUAUAAUUGUA